AUGUACCAUAAUCCUGCUCAUAAUUUGUCCUUGACGGAAUCAGGCCAUGCAGUUAUAGCAACCACCCAUAACAGUACUGGCACUGCGCGCCUCAGGAAUACUAGGCUAUUAUUGACACAUGUUCAGAGACACUUGAAAUUAGUAUAUGCUUUAGGAUCUCCUUUCGGAAGGGAUUAUACAUAUAUCCUGAAAAAUAAAGGCAAUAUUAACAGUUCCUGUAAAGAGUUUUUGUUAGAGGAUUUUCAGAAACGAAGUUUCACCUCUACUGGGGAUAUUUUAGAUAGGCGCUGGCCAGCACAUACUAUACAGGAACUCACAAAUAAUGAAGCGAUAAUGUGUGAAGGCUCAACAGGAGGAUUAUCAGGGGAUGUAAAGCCGCCUAAUUCUCUUUUAGACGACAUAGGAGAGAUACACAUCGUUAUGAUUACAAAUAAUAUGAACAUUCUACGACGCAUUCUUCAGAAGAUUAGAUACAUAGAACAGAGCGUCCUAACUACCGGAAUUAGCAUUAUCAUAGAAUAUCAUAGGGAAUUAUGUUUGGCUGUCCAAGAGACUUUAUCAAUGAGAAAUAGGACAUUGACCAACGAAGUAAAAAAUCAAGCAAAAUAUCUCCUCAACUUCCAAGGGGGAAUUGCGGAAAAUCCAUACCGUACGUCAAGAACUGAGAGGACCAAUCUUAGUAAGUAUCGCAGUAAUCAAAAUCGGAAAUCAUCAGCAAGCAUUUGUCGAAUCCGUACUAUAAUCCUGAAGCAAUACCCCGCCGUCAUCAAUACGGUGUGGGAUCCAAUAGCAUAUCUCUAUGUGCUUGUGGAAGUAUCCAAAUAUGGACAAACAUUCGACGGUAUCAGUAAGCCUCGCUUUAAGGAUUGUAUAUGA